AUGGCCAGACGAAACCAAUCAGCAUCGUAUCCCUACACAGGAAUUCUCAAAGUAUACUCUACAGAAGAUGACAGUCUUGUAGUCUGGACGAAUCCGCGGCAUAUCCACCUACACAUGAAGACCUCAUCGGGAAAGACUAUUUGCUGCGACUCCUUCACCGCAGGCGGUAUCGUCGAGAACCCCGUCGGCACACUACAUUUUCUAACAUCCGACCGGCUCGUGCCCGCAGAUGUAGAGCCGCAUAUGGACACGAACGAUAAGACCUGUGGAUGUAUUGGCAUGCUCAAGGACCUCCACAGACAGUAUGGCCUAACCCUCCUCGCUCGCACCCGGUACAAUCAGGUCAUCCAGGGGCGCCUUACAGUCCUGCCGCGCAAGGCAAUAGACCCAUCAUAUCAAGGCUCUCGAUUGGUAAUCGCGCAAUUCGAUCCUGCCCUUGCUUAUGUGGAUGAAGGCAUGUGGGUGUAUGCCAGACAACCAAGCGCUGAGAUGUUGGACAGUAUGACGAACGAGAUGCUUGCGAGGCUGGACGGUGGGCCGUACCAUACUGAGACUUUCCGUUACCGGUAUAAUUUCACCCAUUUCAAUCAGCCUUACUAUAAUCUCCGUAUCGUAGGCCAUAUCGUGGAAAUCCGUAGUCGCGAUCCGAAUGGAUAUGUGGAGGUGGCGAUACAGUGCUCACAUGAGGUGUUGAAUAAUUCCGCCGAUGUGAUCCGUAUCGAACUCGAAGACCACAAGAAUAACUUGACAGCCUUGCAGACAGUAAUUGCACCUCCUUGGGUCUCUUCGCAGAGUAUUCGCAGCACCUCGGCCAUUCUAUGGAGUUGUAUUAUAACUCUUACCGCAUGUAUUUACACCUCGCUCCACCUAAAUAUAUCUACCAAGUCCGGCUGGCAGCAUCGCUCAUGGGAGAAGAUCAAAUGGGUCAUUGUUGCAAUUCUUGCACCGGAAAUAGUAGUUUACAUGGCGUUCUCUCAGUACCUCGAAGCGCGAUUACUUUUCAAAAAGCUUAAUAAGGAGAUGGAAGAGAAAGAAGGAGAAAAGGUACACCCGGAAUUUGACCUUCGUUACGGGUUUUUUGUUGUCAUGGGCGGCCUGCAGGUUUCAUACGGCGAGGAUACUAAGACUCUAUUAUCCGAAGCGGUAGUUAGUCUUGCUGAAAAAGGCGAGUUUAUUCGUAUACCACGAGAGAGUAUCGACGACAGAAGCAAGGCAGACGCAGUGAAAAAAACGUUGGUUCUCUUUCAGGUGUCAUGGAUGGUUAUGCAGUGCAUUUCCAGGAAAGCAUAUGGUCUACCGUUGACACUUUUAGAGAUUCAUACCAUGGUACAUGUUGUUUGUGCGUUUAUAUUAUAUAUAUGCUGGUUCGAGAAACCGCUAGACGUGUUAAGCCCCGAUAUCCUAAGCUUCUCAAACGUUUCUGAUCGUCUAAAGAAUCUUCUGGAAUCUCUACAAUCUGAAGACGGGGCCAAACUCAAACGGUCUAAAUCUAGACAUAAGUCUAUAUACAUAGAGCAGAGACUCACCGUUUGGUGUAAAUAUGACUAG